GAGAUUCUUCAAGAAGAUCUGCUGUAUUCCUUGUCGUUUUCUUCGAUCGAGAAGAUAACCUCCUCUGAUGAAAUGAUUCGAUCUCCUUCGAGCGAGAUGCAAUUGCUAAGCUUCUUCUCCAAACUGUACGAGACCUAUGAUGCAUAUCUCACGGAAUUAAGUCCCAUAGCGCCGACUUCUGAAGAGGUGGCAUUUAUUCUUAGUCGUUUGUCGCCUAAGGACUCGCAGGCUAAAAAACAAACGUCAUUCGGAGACUCGACCACUGGGGCCGAUAAGGAGAAAGAGGUUGUAAAGGAAAAACUGCACGACGCUUUUGAUGGUCUUCUGGGCAAGUGUGUAUGCUUCGAUCUUAUUCAGAUCGACACCUUGAAUUUAAUCGCUGAAGGCCAACUGACCAGCCUCAUUGACAGUCAGACGGAUGAUGCCAUUGAUCCUUUCAUUCUGAAGCUGGCUCAGCCGCAUGCCAAAAAAGCAUUGCAGUUAUUGGCCGAGCAGGAAAUUGAAGAAGCCUCGAAAGGUACCGUUUAA